AUGAAGUAUGUUUGUGCUAUCAUCUCCGUGGGCGCGUCCCUUUUUGGACCAUUGAUGUUCGGUUUGACUUCUGGCUUCACUGGUCAAACGAUUGAUACUAUGCAAAAUGGAGUCACGAUGAGUGAUGGUACACCUAUUCAAGUUGGCCCCGAUGAUCACCUUUGGGUAUUCGGUAACACUACUGAAGGUUCUCUAUUCGGUUCAUUAGUCAACCUCGGUGCCAUGGGAGGUGCUAUACUGUUGGGUGGUCCUCUCAUUGAGAAGUUUGGCAGGAAGUGGGUUCUGUUCGGGUGCUCCCCCUGUUUCUUACUCUGUUACGUAUGGCAAUCAUUAGCUCAUACUUCUUGGCAGCUGUUGUUCGAGCGUGUGCUCGUUGGUUUCGUUGUUGGUGUGGAGUCUGUUGUAACUCCCACGUAUAUUGGCGAGGUAUCCCCGACUAAGAUUCGUGGUGCCUUGGGUGCCUGUAACCAGUUGUCUAUUACUAUCGGUAUUCUUAUCGCCUACGCCCUUGGUAUGGGGUUCAGAACGGAUGCAGGCUCUACUGAUCCAAACGCUAACUCGAGUACGUUCUGUCAGUGGCGUGAUGUGAGUUGGAUCUAUCUGAUACCCAGUGCCCUCCUUGGUAUUUGUGUAUUCUUUGUCCCUGAAUCCCCUCGUUGGUUGGCUGAGCAUAACCAUGCCGAUGCUGCCACGAGGGUUUUGUUAAGACUCCGUGGUUCUAAAACAGUUGAGGAGGAUCCCGAGAUUAUGGAAGAGGUUAAGGCUUACGAGGCCGAGGCUGAGCAGAAUGCCAAGAACGUUAAGGGUACCUGGAAGGAUACCGCCAUUUGGUCUUAUCACGCGUUGGGUCGUGCUAAGAUGCAGCUAUUUAUCGGAGUUAUUCUGCAAGUGUUACAGCAGCUAUCUGGUAUUAACGCUGUUAUUUUCUAUCAAACUACUAUCUUCCAGGCUGCAGGGUUGGAUAAUAAGGAGUCCAUGGCUCUUGCCGUCAUGGCAGUGCAAGUCAUUGUCACGUUCAUUGCUUGUAUUGUUAUGGAUAUGGCUGGUAGAAGAUUCCUGCUCGUAUUGGGAGCAGUUGGUAUGUGUAUAGCUGCUAUUUUAUUGGGUGUCUUCUUCUUCGAGCAAGAUAUCGAUGAUAAUGAUAUUGCGUGGUUGGCUCUGUUCGCUGCCUUCUUGUAUAUCGCAUCCUUCUCUAUUGGUGUUGGUGCCAUUCCGUGGUUGAUCAUGUCCGAAAUUUUCCCCAAUGAGGUGAGAGGUCUUGCAAGUUCUAUCGCGAGCGCUACGAAUUGGUUCUUUUCUUGGAUCGUCACCAUGUUCUUGGAUGACUACAGGGAGGCGAUUACCUAUCAAGGAGUCUUCUGGAGUUUUGCCUUCAUGUGUUUUGUCUUGGUUGUCUUCGUCCUGUUGUUCAUCCCGGAGACUAAGGGCCGAUCAUUCGAAGUGAUCCAGGCUUACUUUGAUGAGGGUCAUAUAAUAAACUGCCAGUGGUUGGAGAAGCGCAGAACCCGUCAAAAGCCCAUGGACAGCGACGACAAGGAUCAGCAGCCUGUCGAAGCCUCCAGUGAUAACACCGACAUGAAAGUCUCUACUGAAGGUUCUCCUUCAUCCAGCCUGCAAAAGGUGGAUGAGGCUGUGUAA